AUGCAUUUCACGUUCCUGAUUAUUUCGAUCCUCGCACCACUGGCUACCCAUGCCUAUCUGAAUCUCUCUACCACAGCCUCGCUGGAUCGUUAUGUCCCAGGUUCAGUUCGGACUAUAUCGCACACUUUGGAAACCGAUGAGGACGGAGCUUUAAUGGUAAGCCCAGAUGGUGUCAUGCGAAGCUUCUCCUCCAAUGGUACGGUGAUCGAUUUCCAUCAGCUCGAUCCAACUCAACUAAAAGAGUUUGCUGAAAUCCAACUUCGUCAGUGGCAGAACAUGGGCAAGGAAAUUCCUGCAGCGGUUAGCAAUUUAGCUAAAGCACCGUACACUGAUGGACGCCAAGUUUUGGACAAAGAAAAGCUUCUCAACCCCCCUGAUUCACCUUACCCCUUGCGCCAUCUUGUGCCACGGACGUCCCAUUCGCAUGCUCAGGUUCCACUGCAUCUUCUUGAUGAGAGACAACAAUGCAUCGGCUCACCUUGUCUCACUUUCGGUCAAUGUGCAAGAUAUAGGCCUACUCCGUGUUACCAAUGUUACUUCCCAGGAGGACCUGAGAGUGGUGCUUGUUUGCUGAAUUAG